AUGGAGAUUUGGCAUUGCUUGUGUAGGGGCAUGUGGCGAGGCCAGCAUAACAAGCUGGAGAUCCUUGACCCUUUGUUGGUGAUGUUCACGUUAGAGGCCUCAGUCGUGGUGACCUACAAGACAUGGCCCUUUGUUUGGGGUUUGGACUUCAGCUGGUUUGGCUCAAAGACAGUGAGGCAAAAAAAGCAGGCUGCAGGAGUCUCGUGCUUCUGCUCUAUUCGCACCGCCAUGGCUGAGGAGUACAAAUCCCGCUUCCAGGCGGCUCUGGGCGAGCUCAACUUUGGGCAGCGCUGCCAUAAGUUGGCCCAACUCGGCAAGGAGAUCAAGGCUGCCAAGCCGGCAGAUCUGCAGGCCAUUUUGGAUGGCCUGGUGCCGGACUAUGAGAACGACGCUGCCGGGGUGGCGGAGGCAUUCUCAGAGAAAGCGCGCCUGAUCGUUGCCAAAGCUGCUGGAUGUACAGGAUAUGCCAAGAAGUUGCUGGAUGCUCCUUCGAAGACUGUGGGUUUCUCUGCGGCCACUGGGGGCUUGUUGACACCAGAGGAUGCGAGGACAGCCUUCCUCUCGAGUGACACAAGCCGCAAGAUGAAGAAAUUCCUUCUGCAGUGCGACAAGCUGGAGUCCGAUAAAGAAGUGCUGGAGCACGCGUUUGAACUUUUUGGCCAAAAAGACAAGGAGAUGUUCUGGCCCCUGCUGGCACGUUCAAAGUCGGAGGAGUUGCUGGAGCAGUACUUGGAGGAGGAUGCACCCAUGCGUGAAUGGCUCAGCGCCAACCACGACGACAAGGUGCCAGGCCUGCCACAGUUGGCCCGACGCUUCCCAGCCUUCAUGGUGAAGCUGGUGACGAACGGCACACUGAAGUGGCGCUGGUAUUGGGUCACUGAAAUCCUCGAGCAGGAUCCCAUGCCCGUCUUGCGUGCGACGCUGGUGGAGAAUCACAUGCAGGGAUCGGGGCCAAAGAUGGGCUAUUCGCCCACCAAGAGAAAUCAGGACUUCUACUCGACCUUGGCCCAUUGGGGUUGGCGCCGCAAGCCGGAGAUGAUGUUGGAGCUCAUUGAGGAACUGGCCGCUGGAACGACGACGGUCAGCACUGGGCAGUUCCGCAGCAAGGGCCGCGGCAAGGGGAUGGUCCUCAUGCAGAAAGGGCGUGGCAAGGGUUCGUCGAAGACCCUAGGCCGAGAGGAGUUGCCGGGUGUCGACCAGAUCAUCCGCCUGAGCCAGCAGGUGAUGUCAGUGCACUCCACGCGCCACCCCUUGACGACCAACAAGAAAAUUGCCUUGUUGAUGAAGAUUUGGUCAGUGCUGCCAGAGUCGCACAAGAAGGAGCAAGUGGCUUCACGGUUCGCUGACUUGUUGCCGAACUUCUCAACAGAAGACCACCGCAAGAACGAGAUCACGAACCUCAUCGAUGCCUUCUGGAAGAUUCUGGGUGACGUAGGUCGUUCGGACCGUCAGAUGCUCUUGGUUGGUCCCUUGGUGGCGACGGGGGGGCCGAACUCUGAGAAGAAGCCCACGCAGUGCACAGAGUUCUUGAAGCUUUUCACCAGGCGUUUGCCACCACCUCUGGCCGUUGAGCAGUUUUUCAAGGUCUUGGAGGAGUUCGAGGCCGCCACUCCUGCUUACCAGUUCAUCCAGAGUGACAUUUGCAAGUCCAGCAACGGCCGGCAUGACGAGCUCAUGAAGAGUGUCUUCCAAAAGUACUUGCUGAAAGAAGACGAGGGCCCUGUGAAAGCGGCAGAGAUGUUCAAGGUCUUGCUGAAUGAUGCCCGUUCAAGAGAUGUCAUCCAGAGCUCAUUCGACAUCCUCACUGACCAUCUAGAAGGUCACACAGAGCUGGGGCUCUUGCACACGGUGGUGCAGCGCAUGGGCGAUCUGGAGAAGCAGAGCCGGAAGAAGGGCACUCGUGAGAUCACCCCAGAGGAGACAUUGGCAGUGCCCAUCGAGUGGCUCCAGUUUGUGGAGCUGCCUGAAGAGGACAAGGGCAAGGGUGUGGCUCCUCACAUCCACUUCCUCCUGAUGGUCUUGCACACCGGCCUUGGUGAGACAAACUUGUUGGGCUCGAUGCUGCAAAAGUUUGGCAAGGCCUUUUUUUGGGAUUGCUUCGGCCACGUCCUGUCAGCCGUGCAGGGCAAACUCUUGCCAGGGGCUGUCCCAGCGCCGGCCUUGCAUGCUCUGGCGAACCUGAACGUGAAGGUCAUGCAGGAAGCGGACCUCAAGCUGAAGGGCGUCACUGGGUCGACCGGAGGAAGCGGCCGGCGACCCUCGAAGGGCUCCUUCGGCGUGGGCUCCGUGAUCUACGGAGUGGAUGGCACCAAGUGGGGCACGGUGGUGGCAGCCGAGGGCGGAGUGUGGAAAUUGGACUCUGGCCGCAUUGCCAAGAAGCAUACUGAAGGUGACAAAUGGACAUGGGCUGGUGGUGCCACAACCAAAGGUGAUGAAGGCGCAUGCAAAUACUUCCAGAGUGUGGCAGAUAUGAAGAAAAAGGCCAAUGUGAAAGAUCUCAGUGCAAGGCUCACAGGCUAUUCUGAUCUCAUGGCCCUUGCCGGGAAGGAGAAGGAUGCAGCGAAAGCUUUCGACGAUUUGCUGCCAUUCCUGCUCUCCCGCUUUAAUGCAGAGCAAGAGGGUGGUCGAUCGCACAUCCUGUCUGAGCUCUUUGCGAACAAAAAACUGCCAGAUGAUCUUUGGGAGGAAAAGUUGGAACACCUGAAGAACUUCUGGAAGGUUAGUAGCAAAGCACGGGAGAGUGCCAGCUACCAGUGCAGUUGGAACAAGUGCGGUCGUCAUCUUGUCGAGAAGACGCUGGAGAACUGGGGGAAGCCCAUCAAGGACGGCGAGCCAGCGCCGGAGUACCCCACUGAGUCUUGUUUGUUCGGCUUGGAGGUGAGCCCAGAGCUUGACUUGCCAGAGCUCUUGGUGAAGUGCCAUCACAAGAUCGAGACACUCAAGGACCUGGAGAAUGCCACACGCUGGGUCUUGGAAACUGCGGUGCCUUUGUCCGGCGAAAUCUCUGCCUCGCCGUUGGAAGACUUCUGGAAAGCGCUGAGGACCAUGAGUACCAUCAAGUUCUGUGGCACGGACCCGGAUGCGAUUACAUCAUGGAGGACGGACACUCAGGCGGUGAAGGUCUACAAGCAGAAGUCCAGCACAUCAGAAGAGCUUGCUGUGAAGGAGCGAGGCAUGGUGGUGCGUGGAGUUCAACGUGGCAACUGGUUGGAACUCAUUGAGGGUCAAGGCUUCAUGCUCAUCGUCUCAGAGAAAACGGGCUUGUCCAUCAUGAAGCAAGACUCGGGCAACACCGGCGAGAGAGGCCUAUGGGAGACGUAUCCUUUCGUCAGCGAGUGGUGGCGUAAGCUCCUCUCCCAGGGUGUGAAGCAGAAAGCCAUUGACUUCGUCUUCGUGGGCAUUUUGACACUCCUCACUGAUCGUCAACAGCACUACAUUGCAGGUGACAAGAAGCUCUCUAAGAGGUGGUGGGCACCUUUGGAGUGUGAUGAGUACAAGGAAGCCGUGAAGAACAUCCUCGAGAACAUCGAGUCGGGCGUGAUCCCCGAGAAGGAGGGUUCAGCAAUGAUCAAGAGGCGAGUCAAUGCGCUGAAGAACAUCAACAUCAUGACUGACCUCAAGUGGAAGGUUCUGGCGACGAAGCGCCGGGAACGUGUGGAAGAUCGACAGGCCAUUGAGAACUCCACAGGAAUGUCCCUCUCACAGAUGAGCUUUAUCCAUUUGCCUGCGAUCAAGUGGGUUGAAGGGGAACAGUGGGACAUCCAGAAACAUCACACAUACGCGCCGAUCCCGUGGCAGACGGGUCGCUGCCGUGACGAGAUCGCCACUCCAGAACUGGAGACCAUCGCCAAGCUCUUGCAGCGCUCCGGGAGGCGGCAAGUCCUUUGGCAGAUCGCGGAGAUUGCUGCUAUGCUCUCCGGACCAAAGAUGAUCCAACUACUGGAGGCGAGCAUCGCGCUUCUGGAUGCACGUUUCGAAGGAAUGGCGAGAACUGUUGGAAGGCACUACCCAUAUUUGAACUCCGCUCUCACCAAGAAUGAGUCUCAGAAGAGCAGCAGCGAUGUCCUGACGCCCUUGGUAGAGCUCCUGCUGUUGGAUGACUCCACGCGAGAUGCGUGCGUUGCCAAGCUCAUGGAACGAGAAGACUGUGAAUUCUUCCUCCUAUUCGGUGCCAGCUUUGGGCGACAUCUUAGUACUGCUCGGCAAGAGUGGCUUCACAAGUGCCUUUGCAAGCUGAAAGCACCUACUGAGACUGAUGUGGAGUUCUACCACUACCGCAAGCGUGGGCCGAUGCUGAGCCAGAUCGCCCGCUAUGGCAAGGGUGAUCCAGGAUGGAGGGAUGCUUUAAAGACGGCCAAGGGGGGCGGUGCAAUUGUACCUGUGGCACUCACUCACGCAGACCGAGUUCUUGAAGAAAGCACUGUGGUCGACCGAACCCGAAGAGUUGACCCUGAUCCCGCGCCUGGAAUUCGCCGACGGCGUGUCACGCGUCAGUGA